GAGGACUGAAGUUUGAAAUUGGAUGGGAUGGCCUCCACCUCCAACACUGCGACUCUCCAUCCCCUCCCCUAACAAUUUCGACGCUAAAACCCUAAACCCUAAUCGAAGUGAGAUCCAUUGAAAAAAGAUGUUGAUCUUUUUUGGCUACCACCCUAAAUCCCUCACCUCCAAUUUUACAUCAUUCAAAACCAGGGCUUUUUUUCUCUUCAAUUUAACUCUCUCACGAUCAAUGUCUCAAUCCACCUCCAUUCCCAAAAACCUCCAAAGGGUUCGUGACCAUGGCUACGAUAAUUACAUGGAAGUGGAGAAGAAAACCCGUAAAGUGCUCAAGUUUCAGGAACUUAUUCUCUCCCAAUUCAACCAGACAAUCCCAGUUUCUCGCCUUGAUAUCUUAGCUCGCCGCCUUGGGUUCAAGCAACACGAAGCUGGGGCCUUCGUCCUCAAAUUCCCUCAUGUAUUUGAAAUCUAUGAGCACCCUGUUCAAAGAAUCCUCUAUUGCAGGUUAACCCGAAAAGCCCACCUCCAAAUCGAGCAGCAAAAGCGAGCUGUCAUUGCCCAGAUUCCGGAUGCUGUCACUAGACUGAGGAAACUCUUGAUGAUGUCGAACAAUGGCCGUCUUCGCCUCGAGCAUAUUCGGAUUGCUCGGUCUGAAUUCGGGUUACCUGACGAUUUUGAAUAUUCGGUAGUUCUCAAACACCCUCAAUUCUUUAGACUCUUUGAUGCUAAAGAAACUAGGAAUAAGUACAUUGAAAUUGUAGAAAGAGAUCCAAGUCUUACUGUUUGUGCAAUAGAGAGAGCCAGGGAGAGGGUUUAUAGAGAGAAAGGAAGUGAUGCUGAGGACAUUAGAUUCUCUUUCGUUGUGAAUUUUCCCCCUGGGUUUAAGAUAGGGAAGUAUUUCAGAAUUGCAAUGUGGAAAUGGCAGCGGCUUCCUUAUUGGUCGCCAUAUGAGGACAUUUCUGAGUAUGAUAUGAGGUCCAUUGAAGCACAGAAGAGGAUGGAGAAGAGGGCAGUGGCAACAAUUCAUGAGAUGUUGUCUUUGACUGUAGAGAAGAAGAUUACAUUGGAACGGAUUGCGCAUUUUCGAUUAGCAAUGUAUCUGCCCAAGAAGUUGAAGGACUUCCUUCUUCAACAUCAGGGAAUUUUCUACAUUUCAACAAGAGGAAACCAUGGGAAACUUCACACUGUUUUCCUCAGGGAAGGUUAUAGGAGAAGUGAGUUAGUAGAGCCUAAUGAUGUGUAUUUGGCUAGAAGACAAUUGGCUGAAUUGGUUUUACUCAGUCCAAGGAAGGCAACAGUAGACAGGGAACUAGUUGGGUACAGGAGAGAGAGAGUGGGUUAUGAUAUGGAAAAUUCUAGGACAGAUUAUGUGGAGGAUAAAUCUGUUGAUUUUGGCGUUGAGAACAAAGGCAAUGUGAGAGAUGUUUUGGACUCAGACAUAGGUUCUGAUGUUGAAUCUGAUUUCUCUGAUGAUGAUAAUCAUAGUGUCGAGGUAGAGGAUGUGGACAUAACAGAAUAACAUAAACUGGAGGUCUCCAACAGUUUCCUUGGAGCUGCUUGUUGAAGCUUCAGAGCUCAUUUGGUAGCUCUGACUGAUACAACUUAGUGAGUAAGCACUGUCGGUAAAUCAGUUCUGUUUUCAAUAAGUGGUUUGGCAGUGUGUGAAUGAGUGAAGGGAUGUCAUGGCCUAAAGAGGUGAGAGUUGAAGUUACUAGUUACCACAGGCAUGGAAUCCAACUUUGAUGUUUUAGCUUCAAGCUGCACAGAAUGUGGCAUAGAAAAAGAAAGCUUCUGGAUGAUUUUUGUUUCGGGUGGCUUUCAAUUCAGUUAUCAUUUCUCCACCUCUCUUUCUCAAUCAAUCAAUCAGUGAUUUAAUAAAAAAAAUUGCGUUGUAUGCAUUCAUUUGAUGAUUCUUUUUCAUCAACAUCAACAUGGAAAUUGGGGAGAGUUGGGUUUCGUAAGUUUUACAUGUGGCAGGUCAUGGAAUAGUCAGCACUUUGGUUCUAAUUUCAACUAGGGUUCCUUUUUGGUUGACAACUUUGUUGUACGUACUAUCUGCAAGAUGGUUGCAGGAAGACCUCGAUCACUUAGUUUGGAGGUGUGUUUGUGUGAAGUUGUUUCUUUGAGAUGUUCAACUUGAGCUUGCAGAGUUGUAAAGAGACGAUUGCAGAGCUUCUUUGCAUGCCCAUUGCAUGCAUUUUCAUGAAUAAAGAGUUGUUCUUGUGGCAAGCAGGUCUUUUGAGAGGCCAGAGCGAUGUUUAGUUCUUUUUUAGAUCCUAUGUUUCUCUUAGUAAUUCCGGUUAUAACUACGUUUUUAGAUUAUUGUAAGGCUCUUUUUUGGUGCCCUUGUAUAUAUACCUGAAAGAACAAUUUGGAACAUUUGAAAAUUUGUAUU